ACCUGCGCUCUGUUCUGCCGCUGCGGGAGCAGAGGGAAGAAGAGAAAGAAGAGAGAAGAAGAAGAAGCUCGAACGCACUGCACCCGCGGCGCGGGCCUCUGCGCGUCACGCUCCGGCUGUUCCUCGCGGCGCGGCAGGGCUCGCAGGUUUAAUCAGCGCCCGCGUCCGUUGCUCCGUUGCAUUGCGCUGUUUGUGGAUACGUUGCCUCCGCAAGCGGAGGAGCGGGAGGCGGGCCGACCCGAGGCGCACCAGCGCACGGGACGAAGAGAGAGCGAGGGACGAGGAUACAAUUCCUGCUGCAUUCGGUUGCUGUGCAUUGCAUUGCGGAGUUGUGGAUUAAAAUCGAGUGAUGCGUGCGGACGAGAAGGAGCUGGAGGAGGAGGAGGAGGAAGAAGAAGAAGAUCAAGAGGAUGAUGGAGAAGAGCUGUUGGUGUUCAGUGGUGGAGUAGCGGACGACUGCUUGUUGUUCGCGUGCUGCGGGGCGGAGUGAAGGUGGAGCAUUGGUUGAAUAUUUUCGGAAUUCGUUUCGUCAGGGGAUUCUGCUGUGCUCACAUUCCGCGGGGGAGCAGUGGUUGUUGUUGUUGUUGUUGCUGCUGCUGCUGUUGCUGUUGGCUGGAAGAAGAGGAGGAGGUGAAGCAGGAGCGGGAAGUCCGAGCAUCGCCCUCGGGCGGCGAUUGCGUUUCUGAACUCUGCGAAAGUCGGCAGUUGCUGCAUUGCACGUGUGUAGCUGCGUUUCGUCCCGGUUGCAGCGCAUUGCAAUACUCUCAUUCCUUCCCGUGGAUCUUUGUCACGUUUUCACGCGAACGAAAGAGGGCCACCGCUGGGCUUUUGGGUAGUACUUCCCACCCUUUCUCUUCACGUAAGAGGCGUAGCAUUUGCCUGAGGAAUACCCUCGACGCAUUGUGUUCUCCCCAUCCCGACUCGAGCUGCAUGCGGGACGGAGUGGCAUUGAGUUUGUGAUUGAUGCCACUCAAGUCGAGCCCCUUUCCGAAAUUGCCGACCACAUUUGUGUCCUCCAGAUUCAGUGUUUCUUCUCCUGACUGAGUCCGGUGCAUCCGAUAGAGGUCAUCAAGACGGGGUAAGUGUUUCCCCUCGCGUUUGCCUAUGUAGGCAUGAAAGUGACAUGUCACUGUAAACGCAGGCCAUAAUUUGGUCACUGGACGUGGGGAGAAAUUUGGGCAGCUGGAAAUACCGGGAGUCGACCAAUCACUGCCACUUUGAUCGAGGUCUGAAAUUUGCUCUGGAGAUCGACGCUCCUUUUGGCGCACCUGUGACGCGCGCAAGAUGAAUUCCCUACAGUCGGAAGCAUCACCUGCUCUCGUCAAGGCGAAAUUAGAUGACGAAGGUUUCGAGUCACCGAAGCUAGUGAACUCUUACGCAUCCUUCCGCUCGGAUCCUUACUCUUCUUUCCGCAGUGAAUACUCAUACACCUACGCGGACUGUGAAACGGAGUUUCUUCACCGGCCAAGAAGAGCAGACAAUUACUACGGAAUUCGUCAAGAGUACUUACGCAGCUAUACAUUUACCCGAGAGCAACCACCUAGCAGCAAGCCAGAGAAGUUCAAGGAGCACGUGAAAAGACUGAAGGCUGUAGCCUGGGCAAUUCUCUGCUGCAAGUACAAGCCUGGCCAAGCGAAGGCAUUGAGGGAGAAACUAUCCAGCAGAAGCGCCCGCUUCUUUCAUGGAAGCUCGGAUUUCCUGAAGUCCUCCUCGUGCAGAUUCACCGUUCCUAGCUGUAUAAGAUCGAGUAUCGAAGUUGCAUGAAUCCGCGCGACAGAAAUCCGAUUUAACUGAAAAUCCUUGAGGCCUGUGCUGUGGAGAUGGCUUCAAGGGAUGUUCAGACUAACUAACAUGUAGGAUACAAAUUGGCCUCUUCGUCGAAGGAGCCUGCUACUAUCCGCUUUUCGAUCGAAGCCAUGAAGCUGGCACACCCCGCGAUCAUUCGCAGAAAUUGACUGCGAGGUGUGUGACUGGAGGGGGUGCUUGGGCUACCAACCUGCCUGCGAUUUUCCACCAGUUUUGCGUGCAACUAGGAGGCAGACAUUGAAAGGUCUGUCAGUAGUUCCUUUGCACCAACGGCUAUAGAAUGACAGUCGAAACAUUUUACAGGAAGGAUCCAUUCUAGCUGAACCUAAUGAUAGACGGUUAUGUCUUUCACCAAUUGCAGGUGUGUAAGUGACGGAAUGUUCUACCACAGUGGUUCGUGAGUCGGCUGUGCCCGACUAUCCCACAUGUUGAUUGUCUCAAAUCAGAGUCAAUUGUGGAUACAAUUUUCGAACUUAGGCCCCGUAGAUCGCAUAUAAUUGCUGUAAAUAUAUCUUAAUGUGAGAAUUAUCAAGCGCGUGCAUCCUUCAGUGAAUGCAUAUUGUGAAC